AUGAACUGGCAACAUCAACCAGAUGGUUUACAACAAAUUUUAACACUUCUGCGUCAAUCUCAAUCGCCGGAUACCCAAGUACAACGUCAAGUACAAGCACGUUUAGAAGAAUUAAAUCGGUAUCCAGAUUUUAACAAUUAUCUAGUGUACAUUUUGACAAAAUUAACACAAGAAGAAGAAGCCACACGAUCUUUGGCUGGUCUUAUAUUAAAAAAUAAUGCCCGUACGCAGUAUGAUCGAUUUCCAGAUGAUGUUAAAACAUAUAUUAAACAAGAAUGUUUACAAGCAAUUGGAGAUAGAUCAGCUCUUAUUCGAGCAACAGUUGGAAUUUUAAUAACUACAGUAGUUACUAAAGGUUCUUUACAACAGUGGCCAACUCUAUUAGAACAUUUAUACCUUUGCUUGGAUUCUCCCGAUAUUAAUAUGUGUGAAGGUGCAUUUGGUGCACUACAAAAAAUAUGUGAAGAUUCGGCUGAUCAAUUAGAUUCUGAUAUGAGUCAACCGUUAAAUGUUUUAAUUCCAAAAUUUAUUCAAUUUUUUCUUCAUUCACAACCCAAAAUUCGCUCACAUGCGAUUGCAUGUGUUAAUGAAUUUAUUACACCACGUGCACAAGCACUCAUGAACAAUAUUGAAAAAUUUUUAGAAAAUUUAUUUCAAUUAGGUAACUCAUUUAUAACAGAAAUUGAGCAUAAGAAUCAUAGUUUAUUGCUUUUUUUUUCAGCUAAUGAUACGGACGUUGAUGUUCGAAAACAUGUUUGUCGUGCAUUAGUGAUGUUAGUAGAAGUACGAAUUGACUAUCUAAUUCCUCACAUGCAACAAAUAAUCGAGUAUAUGUUAUUAACAUCUCAAGAUCAGGAUGAUACGGUGGCAUUAGAAGCAUGUGAAUUUUGGUUAAUGAUUGCCGAGCAUCCUAUUUGUCGUGAUGUUAUUCAACCUUAUUUAGAUAAAUUAUUACCUGUUCUAGUUAAGAAUAUGAAAUACUCCGAACUAGACAUUGUUAUUUUGAGAGGUGAUGUGGAUGAAGAUGAACAUAUUCCAGAUCGUGUUGAAGAUAUUCGUCCUCGAUUUCAUCGUGCUCGAACACGGCAACAUUAUGGAAGUGGUGAUCAUACAACACUCUCAUUAUCAUCACCAAAUUCAACCAAUCCAAACUCGACCGAUACAAAUAACAAUAAUACGGAACAGAAUAAUCAUGUUGAAGAUGAGGAGGAGGACGAUGAUGAUGACGAUACCUCAGGCACGAAUGCUGAUCAAGCAACUGAAUGGAAUUUACGUAAAUGUUCAGCAGCUGCUCUCGAUGUUUUAUCUAAUGUAUUUCGUGAAAGUAUCCUACCCACAUUAUUACCGUUAUUACGUGAAAUGUUAUUUCAUCCAAAUUGGGAAAUUAAAGAAUCGGGUAUUCUUGUUUUGGGCGCAAUAGCUGAGGGAUGUUCAUAUGGUUUGACACCACAUUUACCCGAUCUAAUUCAAUAUCUUAUCACAUGUCUUAAUGAUAAAAAACCUCUAGUAAGAUCGAUCACAUGUUGGACACUUUCGAGGUAUUCAUCAUGGAUUGUACACAACGAUGUUCAACAACAAAAAUUUUUAAUACCGCUCAUGUCAGAACUGUUGAAAAGAAUUUUAGAUGCGAAUAAAAAAGUUCAAGAAGCAGCAUGUUCCGCGUUUGCUACUUUGGAAGAAGAAGCGUGUAUUCAGAUGGUGCCGUAUUUGAAACAAAUACUAGAAACACUUGUUCAUGCAUUUCGUAAAUAUCAAGCUAAAAAUUUGUUGAUAUUAUAUGAUGCAAUUGGUACAUUGGCAGACAGUGUUGGAAACCAUUUAAAUCGUCCUGAAUAUAUUCAAAUUUUAAUGCCGCCACUUAUUGAACGCUGGAAUGCAUUAACAAAUGAUGAUAAAGAUCUAUUUCCACUGCUGGAAUGUUUGUCAUCGAUCGCCACAGCGCUACAACAAGGAUUUUUGCCCUAUUUUGAACCAGUAUUUGUUAGGUGUAUUCUACUUGUCCAACAAACGAUUGAAGCAUCAACACCCGCAACGACGGCUCAAGGAACAAGUCAAGGACCAGAACAAACAGAUAAAGAUUUUAUGAUUGUGGCGCUAGACCUGUUAUCUGGCUUGGCGGAAGGCUUAAGUGAGAAAGCGAUCAUUGCAUUGAUUCAGGAACAAUUAUUUACUUCAAUCUUUUCGUUUUUAGGCUCAAAUAUAGAUCAGUUAGUUGAACAAUCCAAUUUGUUAACAUUAUUAGAACGUUGUGUACAAGACCCAAUGGCCGAAGUUCGACAAAGUUCAUUUGCCCUUUUAGGUGAUUUGACAAAAGCCUGUUUUCGUCAUGUUCGUCCACAUUUACCAUUUUUUCUCCCAAUCCUAUCGCAAAAUUUGGAUCCGCAUCAUGUUAGUGUAUGUAACAAUGCAAUAUGGGCAAUUGGAGAAAUAUCGUUAGAAAUCGGUCAAGAAAUUCAACCGUAUGUACCACAUAUUCUAGAUCAAUUGAUAAUGAUUAUAAACAGAUCGAAUACACCAAAAACAUUAUUGGAAAAUACAGCUAUUACUAUUGGACGAUUGGGUUUAGUAUGUUCUCAAUCUGUCGCGGCUGAAUUACAACGUUUUAUUCGGCCUUGGUGUAUUGCAUUACGUAAUAUUCGCGAUAAUGAUGAAAAAGAUUCAGCAUUUCGUGGUAUUUGUAAUAUGAUUGUAUUAAAUCCAUUGGGUGUUGCAAAUGAAUUUAUUUAUGUAUGUGAUGCGAUUGCAUCGUGGGAGAAACCACCCUAUGAACUACAUCAAAAAUUUCGUCAAAUUUUAUUAACAUUUAAACAAGAAUUUGGGCAAGAUCAAUGGCAACAAUUCACAGAUAGAUUUCCUAUCGCACUUAAACAACGUUUACAAACACAGUAUGGUGUUUGA